CAAAUCAACCUCGUCUUUGUCUCCGGCAGAGAGCGUUAGAUUUCAGGCGGAAAGAGUCAGACUUCUGGUUACUUCCGUCCCAGCUCCGGCAUCGGAAUUCCAAUAACCUUGCCCUCGAAAGUCUCGGGAAUUACAGCCCCGAGUCCUUCCCGGAGGGCAUUUCUGUAAUUCCGAUAGAGUGACGAAGAUCGCAGAUGCAAUUAGGGUUUUGAAAAUUCGGAAGAAGAAGAAAUCAUUCAUCGAGUUUUGGGAAUUAGGGUUUCGAAAAUCUUCGGAGAUCCGAUUCGGGUGUUCUUGUAAAAAAAGUGGUUGGAAUGAGGGUAAUUACGGAGAUGGGGAGAUCCUGCAAGUAGAGACUGGAAACGGAAUUGGGGGAGUUUCCGUGUACUGUUGAAGAAAUUUUGGUAGAAUCUAGUUCGAGGAAUCUUCAGAAAUGAAGGCUCCAGCGUCGAACGGUUUUUCAGCGGAUUUGGGAGAAGGACAGAAAAAAAGUAUCAAUUCAGAGUUAUGGCAUGCUUGUGCGGGACCACUUGUGUCAUUGCCUCCAGUGGGAAGUCUCGUGGUUUACUUCCCGCAAGGUCACAGCGAACAGGUUGCGGCUUCAAUGCAAAAGGAGACUGAUGGCAUCCCAAACUAUCCCUCACUUCCAUCUAAGUUGAUUUGUAUGCUUCACAGUGUCACACUGCAUGCUGACGUUGAAACAGAUGAAGUUUAUGCACAGAUGACUCUUCAGCCUGUAAAUAAAUAUGACAACGAAGCAUUGCUGGCAUCGGAUUUGGGCCUCAAGCAAAGCAAGCAACCUGCUGAGUUCUUCUGUAAAACACUUACGGCUAGUGACACAAGCACCCAUGGUGGAUUUUCUGUACCCCGUCGUGCAGCAGAGAAGAUCUUCCCACCUCUUGAUUUUUCAAUGCAACCACCAGCUCAGGAGCUAGUGGCAAGAGACUUGCAUGAUGCUGCAUGGACAUUCAGACAUAUUUAUCGUGGUCAACCAAAAAGGCAUCUUCUCACUACUGGUUGGAGUGUGUUUGUCAGCACAAAGAGACUCUUUGCUGGUGAUUCCGUCCUUUUCAUACGUGAUGAAAAGUCCCAGCUUCUCUUGGGUAUAAGACGUGCCAACAGACAGCAACCAGCUCUGUCGUCUUCAGUCUUAUCUAGUGAUAGCAUGCAUAUUGGAAUCCUCGCUGCUGCUGCUCAUGCUGCAGCAAAUAACAGCCCCUUUACAAUAUUUUACAACCCAAGAGCAAGUCCUUCUGAGUUCGUGAUUCCCUUAGCCAAGUACAAUAAAGCAAUGUACCACCAAGUUUCCCUUGGUAUGCGGUUCAGGAUGAUGUUCGAAACUGAGGAAUCAGGAGUCCGCAGAUAUAUGGGCACCAUUACAGGCAUCAGUGAUCUUGAUCCAGUACGAUGGAAGAAUUCAGAGUGGCGCAAGCUUCAGGUUGGCUGGGAUGAAUCAACAGCUGGUGAACGGCAGAACCGAGUUUCAAUUUGGGAGAUCGAGCCUGUGACAACUCCUUUCUAUAUAUGCCCUCCUCCAUUUUUCAGACCCAAGUUCCCCAGACAACCAGGGAUGCCAGAUGAUGAGUCCGAAGUGGAGAAUGCUUUCAAGAGGGCAAUGCCAUGGCUUGCCGACGAUAUGGGCAUGAAGGAUGUUCAGAGCCCGGUCUUCCCGGGCUUGAGUCUGGUCCAAUGGAUGAGCAUGCAGCAGAACCCUCAGCUGAUUGGUUCGGCCGCUCAGUCGGGAUACUUCCCAUCGAUGGCUGCCUCAGCCCUACUCAAUAAUAACCAAACCACCGAAGACCCAUCAAAGAUACUGAAUUUUCAAGCCCAUGCCUUGCCUCCGCCGAAUUCGGACUUCAAUCUUCCCAAAGCAAAUCAACAAAUCCACUUGCCCAAUCAAUUUCAGCAGCCAGCUCCCACAUGGCCUCAACAGCAGCAGCAGCAACAAACACAGCAGCAGCAGCAACUACAUCAACAAACACAGCAGCUGCAGCAGCAGCAGCUACAUCAACAACAGUCACAGCAACAGUUGCAUCAACCACUACCACCACAACAACAACAACAGCAACAACUGCAGCAGCAACCGCGACCAGUGCUUGUUAAUCCGGGCGUUGUAGAUCAACUGCAGCAAAAGCAACAACAACCAUUCAUUAACCAACCUCUGCCUCAAUCUCAGAUCCCAAGCCAACUUCUGCAGCAACCUCUCAUGCAUUCUCAGCUUCAGCAACAGCAGCAGCAGUUUCUCGCGCCCAAUGCCCAACUUCAACAAAACCUCCCACGCCCAAUCCAGAAUCCUGUCCAACAAAACUUGCAGUUUCAGCAGCAAGCAGUACAACAGAAAUCACAGCAGCAGCAGCAGCAGCAACAACAGAAACAACUAUUAGCACAACAACUGCAACAAUUACCACAACUGCAACAGCCACAACAGCUGCCACUAUCCCAACAGCAGAUUCAGCUUCAGCUGCUGCAGAAAUUGCAGCAGCAGCAGCAGUUGCUUUCCCAGCUCAGCCCGCGUGUGCAGUCUCAGCUGCCACACCAACAACAAACUCAGCAAUUUCAACAACAGCUGCAACAGCAGCAGCCACAGCAGCAGCUUGGUAGCACCCAGUUUUCUCCACCUCCAGUAAACCAACCGCAGCAAACCUCCUCGAAUCAUCUACUGGGUCAGGUCAAGCCCUCCUUGCCUGUGAGGACUCAUUCGGGUCCCACCAAUGGGGAUGCCCCAUCAUGUUCAACCUCACCUUCUACCAAUAAUUGCCACGUGUCUUCAUCGAGUGUGUUGAACAGAACUCAUCAGGAAACCACAAUUCAUCCUGCAAAUAAUCCACUUCAAAAACUUCAUAGCAAGCCCGACAUUGGGGUCAAGAAUGAAACGCCCGCAGUGAAAGAAUUGGACCAACUAGCAUACCGAAGCACCGCUACCGACCACUUGGAUGCUUCCUCAUCUGCAACCUCGUUUUGUUUGGACGGUGGCGAUCAACAGAGUCUAUCCUUGCCUGCAUUCUGUUUGGAUGGUGACGUUCAAGCAGACCCACGAAAUAAUCUUCUCUUUGGAGUUAACAUCGAUGGUUUAACACCAGAUGCUCUGUUGUCAAGGGGCUUUGGCUCUGGGAAGGAUCUUCAGAACUUGCUGUCUGGUUAUAGUAAUCAGAGAGACAUUGAGACGGAGUUAUCUACAGCGGGAAUCAGUUCUCAGUCGUUUGGGGUGCGGGACAUGUCGUUUAAGCCCGGUUGUUCAAGCGAUGCUGUGGUCAAUGAGAGUGCGGUUCUAAAUAGGGGGGUGUGGGCCAACCAACCUCAGCGUAUGCGGACAUUUACCAAGGUUCAAAAGCGUGGUUCUGUUGGAAGAUCCAUCGAUGUCACUCGUUAUAGUGGGUAUGAUGAGCUCAGGCGCGAUCUUGCGCGCAUGUUUGGGAUAGAAGGGCAGCUGGAAGAUCAGCACAGGACCGAAUGGAAACUGGUGUAUGUGGAUCACGAAAACGAUAUCCUACUUGUCGGGGACGACCCAUGGGAAGAAUUCGUGAACUGCGUUCAGAGCAUCAAGAUACUGUCGUCUGCAGAAGUUCAGCAAAUGAGUCUGGACGGCGAUUUGGUGAACAUUCCCAUACAGAACCCGGCAUGUAGUGGGUCUGAUAGUGGAAAUGGUUGGAAGGGUCACUACGAUGACAAUUCAGCUGCUUCUUUUGAUCGGUGAUGGAUUACCAGGAUUACAGUGGAAAUCAUUCAUGCAUUCGCCACUCACCAAUUGAAAAUCCAAAAAGCUAUUAUAUAUAUUUCAGGUGUAAGUAAGGCUA